AUGAGAUGGUUUGACGUUCCGGGUCUCAACUUCUUGCAUACUUUGAAUGCAUUGGACGAGGAUGGGGAGUACGAGAUCGUGCUCAUCGCCGUCAAUUUCUCUCCCGCUGAAAAUUUCAUGGAGAAAGUGGCUGCGAUGCAUUUCACAGUGGAGAACAUUCGCAUCAAUCUGAAUUCGGGCAUAGUGGUGAGAAAGCCCGUGGCAUGCCGGUCUCUUGAGUUUGGGGUGAUCAACCAGCGGUUCGUGGGGAGAAAGAACCGAUACGCUUACAUGUGCAUGGCUGCUGCAGGCGCACCGGUUCCUCAAAUGGGCGGCCUUGUCAAGCUCGAUUUUGAAGCUCCAGAUGGUGUGGUAGCGUGCACAACAUUUGGGGAAGGAUGUUUUUGUGGCGAGCCAUUCUUUGUGCCUCGUACUAAUGAUCGCUGUACUGCGGAGGACGAUGGUUAUAUUGUGGUCUUAACGCACAAUGACAAUACGCAGAUUUCCAAAUUUGUCGUGAUGGAUGCGCAGUCUCCUACACUAGACAUCGUGGCAUCCGUGAAGCUUCCGCAAAGAGUUCCGUUUGGCUUCCAUGGCCUCUUCGUUUCUGCGACAGAUUUGGCUGCCGCUUAA